UUUUGGACUGCGGAGAAGACGGCGCGUUCUUUCGCAGGCGAACACCUGUUGCUAAGCUCCGCUCCGAUUCCAACGGAACUGAUGAUAAUGGGGUUAUUUCCUUUGCUUGUUACUUGCUAUGCUGUCGCUUCUCAAGCUCUUCCCACAGUCGUAUCCAAUUCCAAUUUAUAUCCGCAUCAUUUUUCUAGUGGUGUUAUCCAACUAAUUAUUGAAGCAUAUACAGAGCAAAUAUUGAGGGAAAUGGAGACUAGACCAGAAUUUAAAUUAACGGAAACUCAAUAUACGAUCUUGAGACAACGCAUGAGAGAUCUCUACGAUCACAUUCGUCUUCAUCCUGCCCUUAAUCAGAAGUAUCUUUGGGUUGGCAAAGAGAGACCUCAAAUAGAUCCAGAUGCUGGAACUCCUCUUCAGGCAGAAAAUUUGAUCAGAAGCAGCUCCAAAAGAAAGCGUUAUUUAAACAACGAUUCGGAUGACGGUGAUAUCAAGUCUGAUCAAAAAAGGGUAAGUUUUCCGGCUGAAGAGAUUUGCAAGACGAACCGCCUAUGGGAACAAAUUAACAAUACUCACGAUUUCUACGAUAAUGAAGUUCAAGUUAUUCAAGACAGUGUUCAGCAAUAUGUCUUUUCGUACAGAUGCGUCACAGAGACUGGGCCUUGCAUCGGAAUAUCUCCUUUGUAUGACAGCGAGUGCACAGAACGAUAUGGAUGGAUGUAUAUGUACUACAGAAGAAUCGACGAUCCUUUUCGGACUCCACAGUGGGGUUUUGUGGCUGCUCCUCAUCAUUGUGCAUGCAAAAUUACUCCCAAAUACAUUCCAGAUUCAUGACUCCUGAACAUGUUGACUAUUCAUAAAAUUCCAUGGUCAAAAUGUGGCACCCAUUCCAAGAACUGAUUGAUGGGGUUUGGAAAGCGUCCACUUAGCAUGGUUUUCUUUGCACGUAGCAAAAUAGUUCUUGGUCAUGUGACAGAGUGUAGAUCACCACUUUUCUCCAGUUUUUGCUCUCUUUUUCUAUAGUUUAUGGAAGUUGAACUUUAUGAAGUGAAAAAUAUCAGAUUAACUCAUGAAUGUUAAACUAUUAUACAUGAGAAGAUCCAAAAUUGAAAGCACCAGCACUUUUUGUUUCUUGGAAUUUUUGUGCUGUUUUUGUGAAGUAUGUCUUCAGAGCUCAAAGCUACUCAUAAUCAAGCAAAAUAAGUAGAAUUUUAAAGUUCUAAACCAUAGUUUGUAACAUCUAGCCUUUUAUUGUACCUUCUUAGUAAGUUACUUCUCUUUCACUCUGUCUAAAAUUUCACUAUUUCAAAAAUAUUAUUGCCGAUAUAGAAAUUACUAAAUAAACAUUAAGCAAAAGAAAAUAGUAACUAACAUUUUAUUUAUUACCCAUUUCUAUCUGUCGUACAAAACCAAAAGACAGUUACAACUUCUGAAGAGAUGGGAUCAAUUAUCUCACAAGAACGUGGUAUUUGUAAGUUCAGGAACAGCAAAUAUAUAUAUCCACAUAAAUAAUUUUUCUCAGUAUCUGCUUUCCUAAAGAUAAAUUAAUUAGCUUAAUUUUCAACACAAUUUAGCCUUUAAAAGAUUAAUGAAAAUAUCACUUUUUUCAAGAAAUUUGAUAGAGGCAAGCUGAUUUUCUUCUGUAAUUAAAUAUUCAGCAUAGCAACCUGACAAGGUAACUAAGGUAGUCUCCCGAAGGUAGAAAAAAUAAUUGGUCAGUACGAGCAGUUAAUUACACUGAACAGCAAAAUUUAAAACAAUCCUUUUUUAAACAGAUUUCAAAUAGCAUUUUUUAUCCUGAUUUAAAGUACAGUUACUAAGUUUUCCUGAAAGGCAUUGUUUUUGAAUAGCAAACUUUUAAUUCUUAUGCAAAAAAUGUGAUUAUUUUAUUUGUAAAAGCGACUGUCAUCUAUGGUAAUAUACGUUAGAAUAAAAUUUCAAACAACGUU